AUGUUAUCAGAAGCCUCAGUAGUGAACGAAAAACCUGUUGGUGUGGCUCCUGUGAAACCAAAGUUCCAUCAACCUAAGCUAGAGAAGAAUGUUGCCAUGGACUAUAUCCCGGAUGAAGCGAAAAGAAAGCUGCAUGAUGCCGCGACCGAUGACGAUGGUGGGCCUCCAGAGAAAGCCGCUAAAUUAUCACGGAAAGAACGAAAGAAAUUGUUUGCAGGUCAAAACAAAAAUCGUCCUCGUCCCACUUCAUUUGCCAGGGAUAAGAAGCCGUGUCCUUCUAUUAAAUGCGUAACUGUUGACGAUGAAUGGGUUGACUGUCGGUACACAGGUUGCGCUUUCCUUCACGAUGUGAAGAAGUACAUGGACAUGAAACCGUCAGACAUAGAUGAUCGUUGCCACGUGUUUUAUGAGCGUGGCUUUUGUCCGUCAGGACUUGCGUGCAGAUAUGGUCAGUGCCAUAUUCGGGAAACAGAUGGGAAGAACCUGAUCAACAAAGAUCUCCAAGGAAAGUAUAAGACGGAAAAGAACGGAAUCCCAGAGCAUCUCAUCAACUCUCUUCGCAAGAGAAAACAUGAUUUCAGCAAAUGCGAAGAGGUAUUGAAGCUCUAUCAAGAGAACAAGGAUUCAUUUGUAGAUUCAGCCAGGGAUGCAGACGUGAAGCGAGUUCCGUGGAAGUCAAAGCCUUUAUACUUGGCACCACUCACAACUGUGGGAAAUUUACCCUUCCGACGUAUUUGCAAGGAGUUUGGGGCAGACAUCACGUGUGGAGAAAUGGCGCUUGCUAAAAGUUUGCUGAACGGCCGCCCGGAUGAAUGGGUUCUGACAAAACGUCAUCCAACGGAAGAUUUUUUCGGUGUUCAAAUUUGCGGCAGCACAGCGAAUGUGUUGACAAAAUGCGUGCAGGUGUUGGUGGAGAAUCUUGAGCUGGACUUCAUUGAUUUGAACAUGGGGUGUCCCAUUGACGCCAUUUACGCUCAGGGUGCAGGAAGUGGUUUGAUGCGACGGAAAAAUGUUGUGGAGCAAGUAGUGAGGACUAGCAAACGGAUCGUGGGUCCGAGCUUCCCCAUCACGCUGAAAAUGCGCACUGGGUUGACGUCAGAGAAGCGGAUUGCCCACGAACUGAUUUCGUCGGCGAAGGAAUGGGGCGUUGACAUGAUCACGCUGCACGGGAGGUCUCGAACGCAGAGGUACAAGAACAAUGCGGACUGGGAUUACAUAGAAGAGUGCGCUUUGAAGGCAGACCCGCUGCCAGUGUUUGGCAACGGCGAUGUUCUGUCGUUUGAGGAUGCUCCCGUCAAACGGUUCUACGGGUCUGAGCCCUCUGCCACUUCGGGCAUGAUGAUUGGUCGCGGCGCCCUCAUCAAGCCGUGGCUUUUUCGCGAAAUUAAAGAACAGCGGCACUGGGACAUUUCUGCUCAGGAGCGUCUGGAUAUUGUGAAGAAGUAUGCAAAUUACGGACUCGAGCAUUGGGGCAGUGACGAUCAGGGAGUGGAUAGAACAAGACGGUUCCUGCUUGAAUGGUUAUCCUUCUUACACCGCUACAUCCCUGUUGGAUUGUUGGAGGUGCUCCCGCAGAAGAUCAAUGAGCGCCCACCCCCGUACUUUGGACGCAGUGAUUUGGAAACUCUAUUGAGUUCCCCGCUUUGCUCCGAUUGGGUUUGCUUUUUCUCCGGCGCUAGUGAAGAAAAAAAAAGCAAGAUGGCAAAAGUGCAUGUGAGCAACGUGACAGUGCUGGACAAUCCUUCUCCGUUCGUGAAUCCGUUGCAGUUCCAAGUGACGUUCGACUGCAUCGAAGACCUACCCGAGGACCUGGAGUGGAAACUCAUCUACGUGGGCUCAGCGGAAAGCGAGAACUAUGACCAAGUGCUGGACACGGUUUAUGUGGGGCCUGUGCCCGAGGGCCGGCACAUGUUCGUGUUUCAGGCUGAUGCGCCGGACACGGGCAAGAUCCCUGCCGAGGACAUUGUGGGGGUCACAGUCAUCCUUCUCACUUGUUCCUACAACGGCCAGGAGUUUGUGCGUGUUGGGUAUUAUGUCAAUAACGAGUACGCUGAUGCCGAGCUGAAGGAAAAUCCUCCGGCCGUCAUCUGCUUUGAUAAAUUGCAGCGGAACAUUUUGGCCAGUGAUCCGAGGGUGACGAGGUUCAAAAUCAAUUGGGGCCCGUCGAAAGAUGCGGAACGAGUGGGUGCUGAGUCGUCGUCAAAGGACUCAACGUCAGCAUCCCUGAAGGGCGGGAUUGUUUCCUGCGAAGUGCCGCUGAUGGAAGAUGACGACGACGACGAGGAGGACACGCCGUUUCUGCCGCGGGAGCGGAUGGACCGCGUUAUCGAAUGCAGUCAGAUGGAGGAAGGCCAGCUAACACCCGGCUGCAAAUUUGUCGACGAAAGCGGUCAAAUCAAGGCCCGUUUCAGCAAGGAUGACUGCAUUUCGAUGGAGCAAUGA